GUGGCCACCGUAGCCGAGCCUUCACACUUCGUGGGAACGGCCCCUCGUGCUUCGGCCAUCCCGUGCUUGCGGCGGCCCCGGCGAGCCGAAACCUCCCAGGGUUUUGCGACGAAGGCCCCGGAGGUCGCCUCGGAGGUGGAAAAAUCAGCAGAUUCGGCGAAGAGUGCCGAAGAGCUUGUGGUCUCUUGCGACCUGGGGCCUUCUGCAGAUGCCGGUGCUCACACUGGCCCGAAAGCCUCUCCGAAACGGAGACGAAAGAAGCCGAAGCAACAGAACUGGAUGUCGGUGCCCGCAGAGGCUUCAGAUGCUAUUUCCGGCUUGGCCGACUGGCUGCUCAGCCUUCAGGAUUCCAUAGAAAGGGACGUCAAAGUGAUGGAUGUUCCGCUUGCGGAUUUCUUCGGGCCUUCGACUGCACAGCCUUUGCAAACACUGCGGGGAAGAGGCUCCGACACGCGCACUGGCAGCCAGUCGAGCAGGCAGAAGUCGCGGGCAUUCUGA